UCAGCGUCAUCCCAAAUGCUUGCCAUUCCUCCCGAUUUGCGAAAUCCAGAGCUGCCGGUCUUUCGGGUUCACCAAGAGCUCCUGUGCGUCCCAGAGGCCCUGGCUGCAGUGUCUGGCGCUCCACUGACCACGACGAACGUCAGCACAACAGCGAUGAUUUGGAUGUUGGGCAGUGAUGGCCCGGUGACGGAUCCCACCGUCAGAGCCACAGAGGGAGCUGGAGAAGCCUGGCAGAGCCGCCCCACGCUGGGGACCAGCGCCUCUCCUGUCACCCUCGCACCCACGCCCGGCAGGGCUGAAGGGACAUCGCCGACAGCUGACAGCUCCGUGUUUGAGGCACCUGGGGUCGUGUCUGACAUUGAAGUGCUUUCCAUCCGUCCCACCAGUGUGGUCCUAAUGUGGGAAAAGGAAAACCCAGGCACUUCUGAGUUCUGGUAUAGGAUAGAGGAAGAGAGGAGCAACACAUCAGUCAGCACCCAGCAAACAAGGUACAACGUCACAGGCUUGCGUCCGGCGACUGCGUACACAUUCUCCAUAUCUCUGGGAAGAGACAAUAAGACCUGGGGAAAGCCCACCUCCAAAAAUGUCACAACAGAGCCUCUUCCGGUGUGGGGUCUGCACGUGGCCUUCAUGGGGCAGACACAGGUUGUCCUCAUCUGGGGCAGCGACAACGGCACUGCCUCCUGCCGGCUGCUUCUUGAAACGGUUGGAAGCCCAGAGACGCCGACCAACAUUUCAGACCUGCAGCCCGGGUUUCAGCGAGUUGUCCUCAGUCUUCCAUGGUUGGAUGAGACGCAGAGCGAAACCCGGGUCAUGGCAAGUAGCUCGGACUCCGGUGGUGCAGUGAGCGGCCCAGGAAGCCCGGCCCAGCCCAGCAGCAGCCUCUCCGUCCCUGCGGAUCGGAUCCUGUACCGCCUGGAGCACACGGGCCCGGCCUCUGGCCCGGAGACCGGAGACACGGAAGUCCUCAUCUCGGGGCUGAAGCUGGACACGCAGUACAGCGCCACCGUUUACCCUCGGGCGGCGGACGGCACGGAGGGACAACCGCGGGACGUCGACUUCCGGACAAAUUCCGAGCAGGUGUUUGACAUCAGAGCUGUGAACAUCAAUGCCACCAGCCUGAGCCUGACCUGGAAAAUGCGGCACAACGGGUCAUCCUCUGCCUACACCUAUGAGAUCCACGUGGCUGGGGACACCGAGUCCUUCAACCUCACCACUGAUGAAACUCGUGCUGACAUCCUCGGCCUCAACUCCAGGACUUUGUACCACGUCACGGUGUGUCCCCUCCUUCGAGGGGCGGAGGGCACACCGGGCUUCCUGCAGGUGUACACCACUCCUUUUCCAGUGUCUGACCUUCGAGUGACAAAGGUGGGCCCGAGGGAAAUUGGCUUAGCCUGGCACAGCAGUGACUCAAAGUCCUUUAAGAUUGUCACAACUGGGGAUGGAUCUGGAGAAUUUCACAGCCACACAGCCAGCAGUCCAGAGAUUCUCAUCCGAGGCCUUAAGCCUGCGACCAACUACUGUUUUAAAGUAUUCCCACAAGGACCCAACGGGACCGUGGGGGAGCCCACAGGCAUCUGCAAUCAGACUGCCUCCAGCGCGGUGUUCGGCCUCCGCGUGGUCACCGUCACCAGCACGGGGAUGGAGCUGGAGUGGCAGAACACGGACCCGGCCUCCGAGUACAUCUACCGCGUGCUGGUCCAGUCCGCCUUCAACUCCAGCGAGAGCAACAGCUCCCAGAGGGCUGUCUCGCUGGGGGGCCUCACGCCGGGCACCCACUAUACCGUCUCCAUCUAUCCCGAGGCGGACCAGCUCUGGGGGGACCCGGGCACUAUCACCCAGUACACGCGGCCCAGCGAUGUGUCCAACAUUGCAGUCAGCGUCAACACCACGGCCGCAAACUUGAGCUGGCAGAACGAUGAUGUGGCCUCUCCUACCUACACCUACCACCUUCUUAUCGAGAAGGCUGGAGAUGCCAGUGACGCCCCACGAGACAUCACGAACAUCACAGCCAUGCAGGAGAUGGUCCCUGGAUUAGAACCCGGCUCACCCUACACCGUGAAGAUCUUUGCAGAAGUUGGGGGCGUCGAGUCCCUGGUCCCUGGCCAGAAGAGCUUCUGCACAGAGUCGGCCCCCGUGGACUCCUUCCAUUGUGCUGCAGUCCCCCGGGAGCCCAGCCUGGUCCUGACCUGGGAGCCCCCUCCUGGUGGCCACACCGGCUUCCAGCUGGGGCUUGGCAGUGAGGCCUGGGACAACGUGACGUGCCUGGGACUCGGCUCCCUGGACAAUGGCACCAACUGCAGGGCAGAAGUCUCGAAUCUGAAUUUCUCCACCUUGUACAACAUCAGCAUGGCCACCUUGUCCUGCGGGGCCACAGCAGCUGCCACCCACAGCACCUGCCUCACGGGCAUCACAGAUCCCCCGGCUCCAGAUGGGUCCCCGAACAUCACGUCUGUGAGCCACAACUCAGUGAGAGUCAAGUUCAGCGGGUUUGAAGCCAGCCACGGCCCCAUCAAAGCCUACGCCAUUGUCCUCACCACCGGGGAGGCCGGUCGCCCUUCUCCUGAUGUUCUGAGAUACACGUAUGACGAUUUCAAAAAGGGGAACUCGGAUACCUACGUGACAUACCUCAUCCACACAGAGGAGAAGGCGCGGUCGCAGGGCGGGUCGGGAGUCUUGAAAUACGAGAUCAACAUUGGCAACGAGUCCACCACGCUGGGCUACUACAACGGGAAGCUGGAGCCUCUGGGCUCCUACCGGGCCUGUGUGGCUGGCUUCACCAACAUCACCUUCAACCUCCAGCAUGGUGGACUCAUCAAUGGCGCCGAGAGCUAUGUGUCCUUCAGCCCCUACUCAGAGGCUGUGUUCUUGCCCCAGGACCCAGGUGUCAUCUGCGGAGCUGUGUUUGGAUGCAUCUUUGGUGCCCUGGUCAUCGUGGCCGUGGGAGGCUUCAUUUUCUGGAGAAAGAAAAGGAAAGAUGGGAAGAACAAUGACGUGUCAUUUUCUCAAAUUAAACCUAAAAAGUCCAAGCUCAUCAGAGUGGAGCAUUUUGAGGCUCACUUUAAGAAGCAGCAGGCUGACUCCAACUGUGGGUUUGCAGAGGAAUACGAAGAUCUGAAGCUGGUUGGAAUCAGUUUACCUAAAUAUGCAGCUGAGCUGGCUGAGAACAGGGGGAAGAAUCGCUACAACAACGUCCUGCCCUAUGAUACUUCUCGUGUCAAGCUUUCAGUCCAGACCCAUUCUACUGAUGACUACAUCAAUGCCAACUACAUGCCCGGCUACCAUUCCAAGAGGGACUUUAUUGCCACACAGGGACCUCUGCCCAAUACUUUGAAAGACUUUUGGCGCAUGGUCUGGGAGAAGGAUGUAUACGCCAUCGUCAUGCUGACCAAAUGCGUUGAGCAGGGACGGACCAAAUGUGAGGAGUACUGGCCUUCUAAGCAGGCCCAGGACUAUGGGGGCAUAACUGUGGCGAUGACAUCAGAAAUUGUCCUCCCGGAAUGGAGCAUCCGAGAUUUCACAGUGAGAAAUGUCCAGACAAGUGACAGUCACCGGCUGAGACAGUUCCAUUUCACCUCCUGGCCUGACCACGGUGUUCCGGACACCACAGACCUGCUCAUCAACUUCCGGUACCUGGUUCGUGACUACAUGAAGCAGAGUCCUCCGGAGUCCCCGAUUCUGGUGCACUGCAGCGCGGGCGUUGGGAGGACAGGCACUUUCAUUGCCAUCGAUCGUCUCAUCUAUCAGAUCGAAAACGAGAACACGGUGGAUGUGUAUGGCAUUGUGUACGACCUCCGCAUGCACCGGCCCCUCAUGGUGCAGACAGAGGAUCAGUAUGUGUUCCUCAACCAGUGUGUCUUGGACAUCGUCCGAUCCGAGAGGGACCCCAAAGCGGACCUGAUCUACCAGAACACCACCGCCAUGACAAUCUACGAGAACCUGGAGCCGGUGGGCGCGUUCGGAAAGACCAAUGGGUACAUCGCCUGACUCCGAAGCGGAGGCCGGGAGGGCAGCCGGAAGUCACCCCACAGCCCAGAAAAACGCCCCUUCCACCUGUUUUCCUGCGUUGUCUCAGAUCUCAGCUCUGUUCUGUUCUGCUAGGACCACGUGGUCUGCAGGCUGGAAGUCGACACGGGACCAAGGUGCAGCAGGGGCCGGCCACUCCCCUUCCCGAUGCCAAUGGGAAGAGUCCACUUUUCAUUUUCCUUGAAAAUUGUGGAAAACCAGGAAAAGUAACGGAUGAUUUUUUUGCUUUUUCAAAAUAGGUUCUUAAAAGAAAAAAACAACUACAAAAGACUAUUUUAUAGGCUUCACAUGCUCAAGCCAGGAUUGUGUCGGGUUGAAUCUAUUUUAAGUAUCAGAGGUCUAUUUUUGCCUACUGUGUCGUGGGGUCGAGCAGAUGGAAAACACACAAUUGCAGCGGUUCUUGUGUGAGGAGGGGUACGCGGUGCCUCUUCCGCUUGGGUUUUCUAUUUGAACAUGUGCCUUUUCUGAAUUAUGCUUCCACGGGCAAAACUCAGUAGAUUUCUCUAUUUUUGUAUUGAAUCUCAUAAUUGGAAUAUAGGGAAUUUAAACAGUAGCUUAGCAGGAGGUUCGCCUUGUAACAUUCCUGUCCUGUUGAUGAGAAGGUGCCCCUCCUGCCACCCCAGAUACUCUGUAUUCCCUUUUUCUUCCCUUUUCCUCUGCCAGUUUCCUCCAAAGACUUCUGUUGCAACAUUUGUAGCCCAUUGAUUGGGUGAGAAUGGAAACUGAGUAUCUCCUAGAGUAUCUCUUGGGCAGUCUGCAUGCCCAGGUAGCCCUUUCUUUGUUCCUGCCUCCUUUCUGUCUUUGGUAAGAAGGAUUAUUUAAAGGUGCAAUAUGUGACUUGUGAUUCCUGAUGCUCUGGGUUUUUAGUAACGUUUUACUCAGGUUGGCAUUUUUAUGUGUGUCCGUGUGUCUGUGUACUGUGUGCGUGUGUGUGCGUUUUAAAAAACGUGGCAAUCUGUGAACACUUCAGUGUGAACUCAGUGUCAGGUGAAUCCCUCCUCCCCCAAGUCCACUGGCUUUGUCUGUCCACGGUGACACACCUUGGUAUCUACUGUAUAUAUAAACCCUCCUGCAUCAGUCGUUCCUAGGAAUUGAGGUGUACAAAGUUUGAUUUGUAUCAAAGAUGUAAUUAUUAUUUUUAAAACCUCUUUUCACUAUACUGCUGCUAUAAUUACUUUGAUUUAAAAAAACGUAGAUUAUUAUUUUUUUUUGCCUUCAGGUUGUGUAUUCACCAAGGAUUUCAGAAUUUAUGUGGGUUUAUUUUAUUGGUACCUAAUCUGUAAACUUUGCAAGGCAUUAACAUGAAAGGAUCGGUUUCUUUUCUUUUAUGCGGUGGCUCAGGUUAUAUGUGGAAGACGUUUUGAGUUUCUUCUCCAAUAGGCAAUGAAGUAUCUGCGGUCUGAUGAAGGAAGCACCAUGCCCCGGAGUCCUGUGGCCGAUUUCUGCUCAGGACACAGGUUUCCUGUUGACAAUGGGACUGGGGCUUCAGGGGGCCUGGUCCCCAUCCCGGCCGCUGCGCACCUCACCGGCACUUUGAUGACAGCCUGGACGUGGAUGGGCACCUUAGUGCUUGGAAGGGUGAAGCGCAGUGUGCCUGACGCCCCAGGCUGCUGUUCAGUGCCAUCUGUCUUCUGUCCCCUGACUCUUUGGGGUACUGAAAGCAUUAAAAGGAGGGUCGCGGUGGCCUCCUGUUUGGGAGUGAAUUUUACUUCUCAGAUGGAAGUUGCACUUUUUGCUGAAUCCCUCACUGUUUCCUGUCCUUCCAGCAGUGAGCGGGUGGACCUGGCUGGCUCAGGUCCUCCGGCAUCGAGGGCCUGGGUCACCCGAAGCUGGCUUUGGGCAGGCCGCCCCCAACUCACCGGCAAGAGGGCUCCAGGGCUUCACCUGCUACUGUGGGCCACGCUCCUCCCCUCUGUCAGGAACCUCCUGGGAGGCAGCUUCCUAACCCCUGCCCUGCCUGUGUUACUGCCCUGGAGAAAGCACAGGAAAGGCUUUGCCCUUCAAAAGAUAUCAGCCAAGUAAUUGUAAACAUACUGCAUAAAAAUGCGGGCGGGCUGGCUGGAGGCCUGAACUGCACAGCACGACCCUGUCUCAGAAGAAAAAAAAGCAAGCAAAGCCCAGCAAUCCUCCUCCCUCCGCCUGACCCGGGCUUGGGAAAUAUUCGGGCAGCAGCCACCCCGCCUCACUCCGUCCAGUCCGGUCGGUCCGUCCCAAGAGGUCUGGAAUUCAACCGGAAGGUCACACGAAGGUCAGGAUGCUCCUGGUCCUCAGGACUGGGUGGGGCUUGGGGGCGGAGGUUAUUUAUAGUCUCUGGGAGGGAAGAUUCCUGUGUAAAGGGAAGGAGGCCGGGGUGGGCAGGACCCUCGGGGAGGACCCAGGGGCAUCGCGGAGGCCGCAGGCUCCGGGAAAGGACAAGGGGCAUCGCUGCCUGUCGAGAACAGACUGUCUGUCCAGCGCUGAGGCUGGAGACCGCCGGCGCCGCGGCCUGCAGCUGGACUCGGUGCCGCUGGAUCCGUGCUCGGUGCCGCUGGAUCCGUGCUUUGUGGGAUCAUCGAGGCAGAUGAUUCUGUGUUUUGGUUUUAGCUGGCGUGAAAAAGUCUGGUUUUCGUUUGCAAUGCUUGAUGGCGCUUGUCGAGCUCAGCAAGUCUUGGGGACUGGUGGGGACUGGCCUCGGAAGUGCAGGUCGAGUCCUCAGCUGCCUGUUGAACAUACUGUAGCUUUUCUCUCCCUCCGGGGGGCGCAUAUGAAUAGGAUGUGUUGAUGUGGACUCUAAAGUGUAAUUUUCUUGUAACUAUUUUGGAAUGAUGCAUAUUUCUAAUGUUGGUUAUACUUGUACAGAGUAUUGCUGUUGGUUGCUUUUUUUUUUUUUUUUUUAAAGGAAAAAAUGGCCUGGAAAAAAAUUUUUUUUUAAAAAGACUUACAAAUACCAAAUAUAAAAACUGUCAACACAA